CUUCGAGAACAUCUCAUGCUGAACGCUACGAGGUUCACGGCAUACGCGUUGGUACGAGCUGAGGUGUUGAACUACUUGAGGUCGAAGCAGGCGGCGAUGGCACUAAGUGGGCCUGUGCCUGUGUAUCUGGAUGCGCUCACAUUCGGCAAGUUCGGCAAGGACUCGAAGGGCAGGCACGGCAAAGAUAGGAACAAGGGCAAGGGCUACGACCAGAGCGCGACGCAGCCUUGCAAGUACUGCGGCAAGAAAGGUCACAAGCUCAUGGAGUGCAGGAAGGCCACACAGGACAUGAAGGACGGAAAGACUACGAAGGAUGACUUGCGAAAGAUCAGCAAGGGCAAGGGCGAGGGUAAGGAGGGCUACAUCUUCAUGCUGAAGGAGAACGAGACUGAGGAGCUAGAUCGCAUUUCGAGUGUAGACCACACGGAGGUAGACGGAUGCACUGUGAAUCUAGAGAGCAAGGAGGAGCCCAAUCACAAGUUCAACGAGAAUGACGAGAGCUACCUGAUUCCAAUAGAGUUCGAGAAUGACAGCGACGGUAAGAUCGAGGUGAUGGUCGAUUCAUGUGCGGCGCGGAGUGUUUGCCCACCUGGUUUCGCACCAAGAAUGCCGCGAGAAGAAGCGGGCGCACCACCAUUACGACAGGCAGAUGGUACUAAGAUCAACUCGAACGGCUGCAAGACGUUACACAUGCAGGUGGCUGGGGCUCGACAGCCAAUUCGAGGACAGUUCGAUGUGCGAGACGUUCACAAGACGAUCAUUGCGGUGAGCGACCUGGCGAAGGGAGCUCAAGGUGUAUGGUUCGACGAAGGCGGUGGAGCAGUGGGCAAUCCGAAGAUCAGCCAGCGGAUCAAGGAGAUAAUCGAGUACGAACACGUGAACAAUCAGAGGAACAGACCACUGAUGAUCUCGAAGAGGCGUGGGGUCUACAGCUUCGGCGUGGACGCGAGCACGCUAUGUCACGAGGAGAGGUGCAAGCCCACAGCGGAGGAGAUAGCCAUCCACGAGAAGACUCACAUGCCGUAUCGGGACUGGUGCAAGUGGUGUCUUUGGGGCCGAGGCAAGGAAGAUGGUCGCGAGAAGGCCAGCCCAGAGGAGACGCCGACGAUUCCAGUCAUUAACAUGGACUACUGCUUCGUGAACACCGAGCUGGAGACGGAGAUGGUCAACAUCCUGGUGAUGGUGCAGAAGCCUGAGGAUGCAGUUGCUUCCAUCAUGGUUAUCCACAAGGGACCCAGCGAGUACGUCAACUCAGCGGUGGAGUUCUACUUGGACGUUUGGGGGGCAGCGGAUAUCAUCCUGAAUGGCGACCAGGAGCCAUCGCUACAAGCGGUGAUCACGGCGUUGAAGAACAGGGGGAAGCACAGCACGCAGGUGGAGAAGGCUCCCGAAGGUUCUCAUCAGAGCAACGGUGCGAUUGAGAAUGCGGUGGAGAGAGUGGAGUCGUUACUGCGUACACUACGCAGCGAGCUGGAAGUGAAGUUGGAUGUGAAGAUCGGACCCAAGAGUUUGAUCAUGCCGUGGUUGGUUAGGCACGUGGGGUACUUGCUCACCAGGUUCGCUAUCAAGACGGAUGGCAGGACAGCUUGGGAACGACUGGGACGUGCGAAGUUCAAGUCAGAGCUCGGGGAGAUCGGAGAGACGAUCGACUACAAGAUACAGGCUAAGGACUACUCCAAGCUGGAACCUAGGUGGGGCGAGGGUAUCUUCUUGGGCAGGCGCGACGAGAGCGACGAGAUCAUCGUAGGUACGUCGAGAGGGAUCGAGCACGCCAGGACGAUGAAGCUCAGGGCCACGGGGGACAAGUACAACAAAGAGGUCUACAACACGUUCAUAGGAGUGCAGUGGAAUCCCAGGGGCUUGGAGGUGAAGGAUCAGAAUGAGGUGGUCAGGAGACGGAAGUACAUCACGAAGGCGCUGAUCGAGGAGCUGCAGAUCGAGCAGGACGCGGAGAUGACGGGUAACGCGAUCGUAGCAGGAGGAGAUGUGGCACCUACUACGCCAGGACGGGAAGAGGCGACGGAGACAGGCGUCAUCAUGUCGAUCACGAGGGAGGAGGGCCGCCACGUCUGCGAGGAGUUGGAGCCGAGGGUGAACUACGACAAACUGGUGGGUGACGGAGCCUACAGGGACGCGUACGCAGGCGAGGAGUUGUUGAAGGAGCUGGUCAUCAACGGCAGGACGAAUGAGAUGAAGAGCAUGGAGGAGUUUGAGGUCUUUGAGUGGGUACCACUUGAGGACUGGAUGAAGCCGUUCGACACCAAGUGGAUCGACAGCAAGAAGUGCGACUUCCAGGACAACGAGUGGAUCGUGAGGAGCCGAUGUGUUCACAGAAGGUAUAGCGACGGGACCGACCCCUCGAAUUUCGCAGGGACACCCGCGCUAUGGGCAGUUAAGCUGGUGAUUUCGAGAGCAGCUUCAACGAGGACGACCGAGUCGAGGAGGAAGAAGCUUGGUCUAUAUGUCAUCUCAGUGGCGUUCUUUCACGCGUCGCUGAAGGAGCCCCAGUACUGCUGGACACCACCUGAACAGCGACGACCAGGGAUGCUUUGGAAGUUGCAGAAGGCGAUGUAUGGGACGCCAGAGGCGUCGAUGUUAUUUCAAGGAGAAGUUCGAGAUAUCUUCAGACAGAACGGGUACGAGGAGUUGAAGACGGUGUGCUGCCUGUACUACCAUCCUGGCAAGGACUCGCUCUGUGCUGGUCACGGAGAUGACUUUGUGGUGGAGGCGUACGACGAGGAGCUGGAUGAGUUCGAUAAGCUCCUGGCCAAUAGGACGGUGCUCUGGGGCGAGGAGGGCUUCGGCAUUCUACCAGACCCGAAGUUGAUCUUGAAGAUGGUGGAGUUGUACGGGCUGAAGCAGGCCAAGCCCGCAGAGACACCGAGUUCGAAGCACACCGCCAAGGGAGUUUGGGGAGCUGAAGACCCAGUAGGGCGACGGAGCUCUAUGUUGUACAGGAGUUGCGGUGGCAUCGCACAGUCUAUGGCUGGGGAUCGUUGGGAUAUUCAGGAAGCAGUUCGAGAGCAGAGUUGUUCGUGCAAUGACCCGCGGGUGAGGCACAUACUCAAGCAGAAGCGUCUGGUCAGGUAUCUGAAGGGCACGGCCGACAUCGUGAUAUUCUACCCGUAUCAGCAGGAGACGUUCAACGUGGCGGUGUCGGUGGACGCGGACUGGGCAG